CAGCCGCUGUCUGUCCCUCCGCCACGCGGCACGGCGAUAACCAGCAAAAGGUUAUCAGCGUCUCGCUCCCUGGCACCCAGGGCUGAUGCCCCCCUGGUCUCCCCCCGCGCUCACGGAAAGGUCUCUGUGUGCCACUCGAGUGACUCGGCCAGCUAAUUGGGGAGAUAGCGCCAGAGCCGAUGGCCAAAGGCCACCCUUUGUGCGGUGUCUCCGAGGGGCUCCUCAGCAGGGAGGGGGCGGGAUGCUAUAAAGGGUGCUGCCGUGGGGCUCAGGAGGCAGCUGGGAGCUCGUCUGGCCUCGCCGCCCCAAGCAGCCAUGCAGAAGCUCCUCCUGGCGCUGGCUUUUGGGACGCUGCUCUCGGAGCUGAGGCUGGGGGCUGAGGGCCGGAACCCACCCUACGGCGUCAAGCUGUGCGGGAGGGAGUUUAUCCGGGCCGUCAUCUUCACCUGUGGGGGCUCCCGCUGGAGACGGGCAGGUGAUCUCGAUAUCCUGAGCGGCCCCCCUGCAGGGGAAGACUCCUCAGAAACCGCCUCCAGCGAGUGGGAUGCCAGCCGCCUGCCCGGGAUGCUGCCCCACCAAGACCUCUCCCCCGACUACCACGAGAGGUGGAGAGGCAGCUUGCGAUGGGCCCAUGCGGAGGUUGUCAGCGGAGGGCAGCGCAGCGGGUGGGGAGGGAGCUGCGUUGCUGAAAGCCAAGGCAGCGUGCCCAGCGCCUCCCAGAGCUCCUCGGCAAUGAAGCUUCUGUCCGUCGACCUGAUCUAG